AUGGUGGUGUGGAUACAAUUGCCGGCCUUCCCGGUGCAUUUUUAUCACAAGGAGAUCCUCUUCAUGAUAGGGAAUAUGAUUGGCCGCUCAAUCAAGCUGGACUUCCACAUGCAACAUCAACAGCGCGCGAAGUUUGCCCGGAUGGCGGUGGAGCUUGGCCUUUCCAAGCCCUUAGUAACGCGACUUCGCUUAGAUGGGAAAUGGCAAUACAUAGAGUAUGAGAAUCUGCCUGCAGUUUGUUUUGAAUGCGGAAAAAUUGGACAUACGAAUUCGUCUUGCCCGUCCCUGGCGGCGAACACGCCAGCAGUCACCACCAGAACAUUGACAAUGGUACCGGAGGGCUGGUCGGAGACUUUGCCGGAGGACAAGGCCGGAUUUGGUCCUUGGAUGCAGGUUACGAGAAGGCCACGGCGCGGAUCGCGGACCUCUGAGAAAGGAAACUCUGGAGCGAUGCAGGGAGACUUGCCAAAUUUGGGGAAAACUGGAAAAGGAAAGAUUUCGAGCAGGAAUAUGGAAGUUUCUAACGGGCAGAAGGAGGCUCCAAGCCAACGGGAGGAGACGGUGCGGGGCGGGACACAAGAAAAAGGAAAGACAGCUUGGACAGGGAAACGUAAUGGGAAGGAGGAAGUUAGUAGAGUGGGGAUGGAAGUGACAACUGGAGGCAAAGGGGUCCUUGGGCCUAUCCCUCUUUCCUCAGCUGCGGGCCCAACGCAAGGAUCUAAUAAGGCGAACGUUAAUUCCCGGAACAAAGAUAUGGGCUCAUCUUCCACCUUUAGUGGGCCUAAAGCUCGCUUAGGCCCUGCUAAGCAUUUGCCCGGUAAAGGCCUAGCUCCCCCAAGCCCGCCUCCAAUGCAGGAGUUCGCUGGCCCCAAUGCCACGCUCAUCCAGGUGGUGUCGGUUCCUUCCAUUGACAGCCAAAAGGAAGCGGACCGCAAGGCAGAGACACCGUCGACGGCAGCUCGGACAAAGAAGCGAAACGAGGAGAAAAAGAAGAACUCGAAAACCCGCAAGUCGCCGAAGAAGAUCUCCGCCAAGACACUCCAAGUCUGGACACCUGUCAAAGAAAAUAAGACCAAAUCUAGAGCUAGAAUGGCAACUCUGACUCUACAAGAAAUAGAUGCGUGGACGGGUGCAGCGAAAUUGGGUCAAUCCGAGAAAGCCUUGGGGAAUGAUGCAGAGGAGCCGAGUCCUUUCGAGGCCUGUGCUUCGGCCAUCCCAGAAUCUGCUCCCUAG